AUGACAAUAGCAAGUAACAUCAAAACUUCCCUCCCUAAUGUAGAUAAAGCUAAGGCUUAUCUAACAGCAAUAGAAGAACGGUUUAAGACUGCAGACAAAUCCCUUGCGGUGAAACUUAUGGCAGAUCUUACAACAAUGAAUGGCACAAGGUCUAUGCAUGAACAUUGCAUUGAAAUGACCAACCUUGCGGCCAAAUUAAAGAACUUAGGAAUGAGUGUGGACGAUUCAUUUCUCGUCCAAUUUAUCCUAAAUUCCCUUCCUCCUCAGUAUGGACCAUUUCAGAUUAAUUAUAACGCCACAGAUGAAAAAUGGACGUCUAAUGAAUUGACUGGAAAGUUGGGUCCAAGAGGAGUCAAGGCUUGGCUGUGA